AAAUCCCGUAAGGUGCCUCACAUGGUGCUGAACCUGAAGGAGCCCUUCUACGUGGGGGGAGCCCCCGACUUCUCCAAGCUGGCUCGAGCAGCUGCCAUCUCCAGCGGCUUCGAGGGAGCUGUGCAGAAGAUCACCGUGGGAGGCGUGCCCGUGCUGAAGGAGGAGAACAUCCGCAGUGCCAGGGAGGUGUCCCCGUUCCGGGGGCACCCCUGCACCCAGAAACCCAACCCGUGCCAGCACGGGGGCACCUGCAGCCCCAGCCUGGGCAGCUACCAGUGCUCCUGCCACAGGGGCUUCUCGGGGGCGCACUGCGAGAAAGUGAUCAUCGAGAAGGCAGCAGGGGACGCCGAGGCCGUGGCCUUCGAUGGCCGCACGUACCUGGAGUACCACAACAGCAUCACUAAGAGCCACCUGAGCAAUGAGAUCCCAGCUCCCGAGGCACUGGAUUUCCCCUCGGAGCCCAGUGAGAAGGCGCUGCAGUCCAACCACUUUGAGCUGAGCAUCAAGACGGAGGCGACGCAGGGGCUGCUGCUGUGGAGCGGGAAGGGGCUGGGCUGCAUGCGGGACGUGCUCGUGGACCGGCGGGAGCUGCACCUGCUGGAGGACGCCCUGAACCAGCCCCGGAUAUUGCACUGCUCGGCCAAAUAGAGCCCAGGGACCUCCCUCCCGCCUCCCUCCUCCCUCCCUCCUGCCUAUUGCUGUAAUUAUUUUCUAUUUUUGUAAACUUAUUGCUUUUUAUAUUUUUGGGGGGGACAGGGAGGGCAGGAAACCCUUUUUGCUUUCGGGCUCUGGGCCCGAGCAGCGGAACAAAGCUCGAGAAGUGACACCAGAACUCUCCCACUGCAGCGUUGAUCUUCUUCAUACUUGAAGCUUCUUUUGUUUUGGGGUUGUUUUCCCCCUUUUUUCCUGGUGUUUUUGGGGGGUUUGUUCCCAAAAACAACCCUGUUUUCCCGUGGGGGAAACGCUGCUGGUGCUGGCGAGGCCUUCACGGAUUGGCGGGGUGGGAAUUCCCGCCCUGCUCCGGGCUCUGGCUCUUCCAAACCUUCUCUGGCCCCGUGUUCACCUGAUUCCUGCUGCCCCCGUUCCUCUCACUGUAAUUUAUGUGUGUAAGGAUCUCAAGUGCUUUUCUCCUCCGAGCUCUGCUCAAAUCAGGGAUGCCACGCACUGGAAGGGAGAGAGCCAGGCCCAAGCUUCGCUCUGCGCUCGCCUCGGGACUCUUUGCUGGACUCAGAGGUGCUGGGGAGGCAAAAAUGUGGAUUUUUCCAGCGGUUCUCCUCCUCCUCCUCCUCCUCUCGGACACGUGCAGGAGCAGCUGUGAAACCUCAUUGCCACAUUUUGUGUUCAUCCAGACGUGUCCUGACCCCUCCCCGGCCACCGAGCCUUGGCCUCCCUCAUGCUGGGGAUCACUUGGAGCUCCUCUCCAAGAGCUGGGAAUUCUCUCCCUCUCCCAAGAGGACCAGGAGAUUCCCUGUUCCUCCUCAGAGAUCUCCUGGAUGUGUCCUUCCACGCCCCACAGCCUUCUCCAGCCUCUGGCUCCCAGCCUGGCAAUGCAGAGCUGCCACUGGAGCCUCUCCCACCAAGAAAAUUGGGAAUUUUUCACCUUGGACUUGGAGUUUUUGGGUCUUCCACAUCCUCUGGAUGCUGCCAGCCCUGCAGGAACGGCUCCAACAGGAGCGGUAGCGGGGCUGGGGAGUAUUUGGGGGAAUUUGAAGCAUUUUCUUCCAGGAAAGGAAAGUUCUGGGGCCAGUUGUGAAGUUUCUGGGGUGUGGCUGCAGCUCGGGGUCUGCUGGAAGUGGAGAAGAACAGAGGGAUCCCAGCCCUGGAAGAAAUCCCAUCUUCCAUUGGGAUUCCUUCUCCAUGGAAGGAUUCCCUGCUGUUUGUGGCCUCUGGGUCCCUUUCCCACCCUCAGCUGGAAUUCUCUGUGGAAAAACAACUUUGGGGAUUGAUCUGCAGGAUCCCACCAGGUUCUGGGUGGGAGUUGUGCCUGAAGUGCCAGAAUUUGGCUUUUUUUCCCCUAAAUUUCUACCCCACCUUGCAGGGCACCCUUUGAAAUGGGAGUUUUGGCACCAACUUUUGAGCCAGGAAAGGUCAAAUUUCUUCUCUCAGGGUGAGCUCUGAACAAAGGUGGAACCAAGAGGGAAAACCAAUGGAAAAACCACUUGGAUCUGCUUUGAUUUCAUUUAUUUGAUUUUUUAAAAAAAUAAAUAUUCCCAACCGGUGAGAUUGCUGUGGAAAAUGCAGGGUUAAACAUUCCAUGGGGGGCUGUGCCCUGUGUGGGAUGGGGGCUCUGCUGUGCCUGGGGGUUCUGUGAGUGCCAAAAUUCCCAUUUUUUGGGGCUGCUGGGUCCAAAUUGGGAUUCCUGGUGGGAUGGGAGGGAGGGGUCUGGGAGACCCCAGUCCCAAUUUUGGGAAUCUGGAAUGGCAUUCCCAGCUGGGCUGGUGUUCCAGCUCCAGAGGGAUGGGGAAGCUGCUGAUUUUCAGGAUAAAGUCAAGAAAGAGGAAAAAGAAACCCCAAGAAUUGAACAAAAAUAAAUAUAAAAACUCAUUUUGCUUUUGCUGGGGCUUGGAAAUGCCUUAAACCAGGAUUUGUGUCCUCAUGGGGGAGCACUGGGAAUUUCCAGCAGCGCAUUCACCUGGGCUUUAUUUUUAACAACAUUUCUACCACAGAACGUGCCAAAAAAAUGAACAAAAAAAAAAAGAACAUCGAGGUUGGGGUUUUUUUUUUCUGGAUUUGAUUUUUUUUUUGGCUUUUUUUUUAAUUUAAACCCCUGAGGUGUCCAUGGAGAGGGUGAAUUCCUGCCCUGGGGAGCUGCUGGCUGAGCUGUGGCGGGCGAUGCGCAGUAGAGGAGCAGCAUGAUGUAACCAUUACUAACUCGUGUCUUUCGUCAAAUCACCCAGAAAUAAAGUUUGGAAACGAUUAAAGAGGUUUUUAA